AUGGUCAAGUUCAAUGAUGAAGCUACAAGGGAUCAAGUUCUUGAAGAUGGUAUCCUUCAUUUUGAUCGGAAACCAGUUAUUAUAAGGCCUUGGUCUGCGAAUCUUAGUGCCAUUCGUCUUGUUCGUUCAGUUCCUCUCUGGAUUCGCUUGCCUGACUUAGGUUUGCAAUAUUGGGGAAGUAAAUGUCUUAGUGCUCUUGUGAGCACGCUUGGUAAACCAAUAAUGGUCGAUAAAUUCACUAGGGAGCGCUCAAGAAUUCAGCUUGCUAGAGUACUUGUGGAGAUGGAAGUAAUAGAUAAUCCCCCUAGAUCUAUCCAAUUUUUUAAUAGAUUUGGUCAGAUAAUGGAGCAAGAAGUGGAAUAUGAGUGGCUUCCCAUUAAAUGUAAAGCGUGCACUGGUUUUGGUCAUGCUGAGAUGGAGUGUCGAAAAGAGCUGAAAACAAAAUGGGUCAAAAAAGAAACUACAUCUAAAGAGGAGGUGAAGGCUAGGCAGAAUACUGAGGGGGAAAAAUCUACUGGUUUGGAGAAUGUAGAUUUGGUUUCUGUGGAAAAGGCAGGGGAUCCGAGUAAUAUUUCUGAAAAGGAAAGCGCACCAGUCACUACAUCAGAGGGUAACCAGAAUAACUCUCAAGCAAUCCCAGUUAUUAAUAAAGAUAAGUAG